AUGCUCCCUAUAACUUCAAAAUCUACACCAGCUCUACAUUGUCUAGUUAGGUCAUGCAUUUUGCAACCAGUAAAGCAAUUGCAAUUAGGAGGAGCAAGAUUCACUUCAUCACGAGCUACUCACGAUUCAGGCGCAUCCAACCCGCAACUAUCUUUCCCAUGCUUGGACAAGCGGGAGCAAAAGACAGAAGAGUUAUCACGAGGUAUUUUCAAUCUGUCGGGCCCUUCUUCUAGUUUAAAGUCAGGCCCAGAACCAAGUUAUGGAUUUGUACGGACUGGUUUCCAAACUUACAAAUCUAGAAAGCCUAUAUUCUUAGACUAUGGAGGGUAUCUUUCUGAGUAUGAAAUUGCGUACGAAACAUGGGGUAGCCUCAAUAAUGCGAAAUCGAACUUGAUAUUGAUACACACUGGUCUCUCAGCUUCCAGCCAUGCAAAGUCACAACCGAAUAAUACUAAACCUGGAUGGUGGGAGAAUUUCAUUGGGCCGGGAAAGUUUAUUGAUACUGACAAAUUCUUUGUAGUUUGUACAAAUGUUCUUGGAGGUUGUUAUGGAUCUACUGGACCUUCCUCGAUAGAUCCAGCUAAUGAUGAAAGAUAUGCGACCAGAUUUCCAAUUUUGUCUGUAAAUGAUAUGGUGAGAGCUCAGAGAGAGUUAGUACGUGAUGAGUUUGAAGUUUCAAAAGUACAUGCAUCGGUCGGUGCAUCCAUGGGUGGAAUGCAGAGUUUAGCUUAUGCGUGGGAGUUUCCCGACGAAGUGGGCAAGAUUAUAAGUAUCAGCGGUUGUGCUCGUUCACACCCAUACUCCAUUGCAUUGAGACACACACAGAGGCAGGUGCUAAUGAGUGACCCAAACUGGAACCGAGGCUUUUACUAUGAUAAAAUACCGCCUCAUGUGGGGAUGAAGUUGGCCAGAGAAAUUGCCACUGUAACGUAUAGAUCUGGCCCCGAGUGGGAAUAUAGAUUUGGCAGAGCCAGAGCUGAUGACACGCGCCCUCCAGCAUUGUGUCCAGAUUUUUUGGUGGAGACGUAUCUAGAUCAUGCCGGGGAAAAGUUUUGUUUAGAGUACGAUGCAAACUCGUGGUUGUAUGUUUCCAAAGCAAUGGAUCUUUUCGAUUUGGGUGAAGCUACUAGGUCAAGGGCGAUGGAGGUGAGACAGCAGAGCGAGCAAAAGUACAACUCGGCUUCUGUGGUGUCCAAAGAGUACGAAGUUGUUCCAAAACAUCCGUACAAAGAGAAAAGGACUGUUUCAAAGUUUACUGUUGAGGAGUCGUUGGAGGAUUUAAAGAAAGGAAUGCAAAAGCGCUUGGCAAACAAGGAUGUGUUGGUCGUGGGUGUUGAGUCUGAUAUUCUCUUUCCUGUUUGGCAACAACGAGAAAUUGCGAAUGUAUUGAGAGAGAGUAAGGAAAACGCAACGGGUUUAAUUGAAUACUUUGAGUUAGGCAAUGACGUUAGUAAUUACGGCCACGAUACGUUUUUGUUAAGUCUCGAAGAUAUCGGAAAACCGGUAAAGAAAUUUUUAGAAUCUUAG